AUGGACAGCCUGCUGGACGAGGCAUGCGGCUACGGCCGCUACCAACGGGUGCUGCUCUGGCUCGUGCUGUACCCAGCCCAGGUGUCUUGUGGGCCGCAGCUGUACGGCCAGCUGCUCAUGUUCCUCGAGCCUGACCACUGGUGCCGUGGCUCGCCACCGCCCGAGCACUGGGCCAACGGCACCGAGCGCCUUCAACUCUGCACAUCACUGUCUAACGUAUCGGCUGCCUGCCCCGACGGCUACGAGUACGAUCGUCGCUUUCUUGGAGAUGAUGAAACCGCCGUCACACAGUGGGACCUCGUGUGCAACAGGAGAAUUCUGGCGACCCUCAGCAUGUUUCUCUUCGGCACCGGUCUUCUCGCGGGCCACUGCCUCUCGGUCCUCGUGUCACACAGGUGGGGUCAACGUGCCUCUUUUACGACAUUCCUGUUCGUCCAAUGCCUAUUCGGCAUGAUAGCUGCUCUGUCGUCGAAGUUUCUUGUCUUCCUGCUGUUUCGAACACUGGUGGCUGUUGGAACGGCCGGGACGUGGACUUCACUUUCUAUACUCGUGGGCGACCUGGCAGGCCGGAGGCAUCGGGCCGGUGCCCUGGUGUGCUCGCGGCUGGCGCAUGGACUGGGCCUGUUGCUGCUUGGCCUGGUGUCACUGGCCGUCCGAGGCUGGGGACACCUAGCAGCCGCCACGUCGGUGCCCUUCGUCGCCUUCCUCGUCUACUGGAGGUGCCCUGCCAUUUCAUCCUUCCUCAUCUCCGUUCACUCGGUCAUUCGGUGCACAUUGCGACUCCGGACAUCCCUGACGCACAUGGGCAGUCGUGGCGGCAGCGACAGCGCCGCAGUCCUCUACUUCCGAGCAGCCAGGGCCCAGGCCGCGAGGCGGCGGCGUGUCGUCGUCGUCCUCAUCGUUGGACUACUGACGGGUGCCGUGUCGCUGACACAAGUGUACCUGGCAGCAAGUAUAGCCGGCAACUCGUACCUGCACCUGCUGCUCAUGUCGUGUGCCGAGCUGUCCGCUUGUGUGGCGCCACUGACACUGCUCGAGCGCGCAGGUUGUGGCCUGGUCGUCUUCUGUGGCUGCUUGUCCGGUGGAGCCGCCUGUCUUGCCCACCUGGCUUUCGCCGGGCGUCCCUGCCUGAGCUUGUGCCUGCUUGCGGUGGCCAAGGCAUCAGUGGGAAGCUCGCUGGCAGUACUACCUGCCUGGCUUCUUGAGGGCGCGCCUUGCACCAGGCAUCAUCACCUCACUCACCUGGCCCAAGUGGCGGAGCUGGUGGCGUUCCCCGUGGUGCCGCUCAUCUUCCCGGCGGUGAGGGCUAGUUUUCAUUAAAGACUUGACUCGCGAA